ACCUUUUUUUAGUAUCAUGUGAUUAAGUUAGCGAGAAACUAAAAAAAAAAAGCUAUGAAAUUGCUGCUGCUGCUUCUUGUUGUACUUAUGGUCUUGAGUCCACAUGCAAACUCUGGAUCCAUUGUCAAGUACCUUCCUGGUUUUGAAGGUCCUCUUCCUUUUGAGCUUGAAACCGGGUAUAUCCGUGUGGGUGAAGCAGAGCAAGUGCAAUUGUUUUAUUACUUCAUUAAAUCUGAGAGGAAUCCAAAAGAAGAUCCUCUUCUUCUCUGGUUAACUGGAGGACCUGGUUGCUCUGCUGUCUCCGCUCUUCUGUUUGAGAAUGGGCCUGUUAAAUUCAGAGUUGAGGGUUACAAUGGAGGUACUCCCACACCCACUUUGCUUUCUACUACAUAUUCAUGGACACAGAUAGCAAGCAUAAUAUACUUGGACCAGCCUGUUGGUACUGGCUUCUCCUACUCAAAAACUCAACUUCUUGAUACACCAAGUGACUCAGGAGAAGCUAAGCGGAUCCACGAGUUUCUUCUCAAGUGGCUAGCCAAGCAUGAAAAGUUUAUCUCUAAUCCCUUUUAUGUCACUGGAAAUUCUUAUGCUGGUAAGGUUAUUCCGGCCACUGUUCAAGAAAUCUCCAAAGGGAAUGACCUUGGAUUCAAACCUCAAAUAAAUCUCCAGGGUUAUGUGAUUGGAAACCCGACGACAGAUCAGGAGUUUGAUUAUAACCAUCGUGUUCCAUUUGCUCAUGGAAUGGCUCUAAUUUCUGACGAACUAUACGAAUCACUGAAGAAAACUUGUAACGGGAACUAUGAAAAGGUGGAUCCUGGUAACAUAGAAUGCUUGCAAUUCGUUGAAGAAUACCACGAGUGCAUUGCUGGCAUAUACUUGGGACAUGUACUAGCACAAAUAUGCGCGGUUGCAGCUCCGGGACUUUUUUGGCCAAAGCAUGUCCCAAAAAGAGACCUGAGAGAAACUCUCCCUCCAAAUCUUUCGGUUUCGUUUCCCAACUGCAUUGUUUACUCAGAGUUGCAAGCUUCCAUGUGGGCUAAUGACGAGAGCGUGCGGAAAGCACUUCAUGUAGCCAAGGGAAGUAUAGGAAAGUGGUUACGUUGUUCUUCUGAGGAUAAGCCUUAUAAUAAAGACAUUAAAAGCAGUGUACCAUACCAUCUGAAUAACAGUAUUAAAGGCUACCCAUCCCUCAUUUCCAGCGGUGAUCACGACAUGAUAAUUCCUUUCACUGCGACACAAACGUGGAUAAGAUCUCUUAAUUAUUCAAUCAUUGACAAGUGGAGACCAUGGAUGAUACACGAUCAAGUGGCUGGAUACACAAAGACGUAUGCCAAUAAAAUGACAUUUGCUACCGUCAAAGGAGGUGGGCACACGUCUAAAUUUAAACCAGAAGAAAGCUUUAUCAUGUUUCGGAGGUGGAUAAGUGGUCAACCUUUAUAAAAUUCCUUCUUAGCAUUAUUAUGUCAUGUUAUAAACGUCAGUGGUGUUAUAACAUCUUGCUAUGUAGUAAUGUCGAGUUUAAAAUUUUCAAUGCAGUUCAGAUUUGGAUUUAA